AUGCUUUCCUGCAACAUCAAAGGAGUCUCUAAUGGAUUUCCUCUGAGGAUCGAAGCCGGGAAAGUCAUUGAGAAGGAAGUCGAUUUCAAUCCCGAUUUUCUCAAGCACAUGUUCGCGAAAAUCGAGUGGAAAGCUCUUGUGGAAGGCGCUCGUUCCAUGGGAUACGCCGAGUUACCGGAGGAUUCACCGGACGCGACGGUUCUAGAUUCCGGCGAUGAGACAUUCCUCAGGAAACUCCACCACGCCUUGCUCGAGCUCCACCUUGAGGAAGGAGCGCUUGUUUGCCCUGAGACUGGACGGAAAUUCCCGGUCAAUAAAGGAAUCCCCAAUAUGCUUCUCCAUGAAGACGAGGUUUAA